CACCAUCGUUCAGUGUUCAUUUGUAGGGUUUUUAGGGUUUUUGAACUUUUAGUCCCGUUUCUGUGUCGAUCAGCGAAGUUGUUUUCUAGCUUCAAUUUCCAUGGACGCUUCAGCAUUAAGCAAUCCCCAAUUACAGCAGUUGAUCAAUCAAGAAAAAGAAAGAGCGAUGGCAAAUGAGAUGAUAGCAAAGCUGACGAGUGCAUGCUGGGAUAAGUGCAUCACCAGUACUCCUGGAAGCAAGUUCAGUUCGAGUGAAUCGAGUUGCCUCUCAAACUGCGCACAACGCUACAUGGACAUGAGCAUCAUGAUAGUCAAACGCUUUCAAUCCAUGCAGUAGUAUCAAGAAAACGCCAUCGGAUUUUACUCAUAUAAGUUUCAUAAUCUACACAUGAUAUUUCCAUUUCUCAUUGCCUCACAAUCAGUUAUAAAAUGUCAUGUACUUUAAAAUCUUGUGAUUUUGUUCUGCUUCUCUUUGAACAGGAAUUCAACAUCCCUUUCUAUUUCUAGAGUCCAUGCUCACUUUUACUCUU